CUUCUGUGGGUGUUUGUGCCUGUGUGUUCCAUGUGUUCAGCUAUGGAGGGAUAUUCGGUCCCGUCUCUGCUGCUGGUGCUACUGCUGUCCUCGUACCUGGGGGAGUGUAGAGGAGGUCCCCAGCAGCAGUACCCACCUAACGACACCACCAUCACCGUCUUCAGGCCUUCGGGCGCUGGUAGUGGCUACCAGUUCGAGUACCAGGUGAUUGAGGCGGGAUCUUCGUGGAGUCAGAGCCGCGGUGAGUGGAGCGAUGGUGUGUCUACUCGAGGCUCCUACACCGUCAGGCUACCGGAUGGACGCCUCCAGAGAGUGACCUACAUUGCCGACGAACACGGCUUUAGACCAGUCAUCACAUACGAACAACUCGAAGGAGGCGUUGACGGGUAUGAUUGGCAGAAGAAACGUAUGGGGAAGAAGGUGGAAGGAGAGAUUUACGGCAAGAAAAUGAAGAUGGAUGAUGGUGAGAAAGGCCACGAGGAAGACAAGGAUCGUCACAGUGACAUGAAGAUGGAUCACACUGCAAGGGAGAUAGGUAAGCAGGUCGUCUCCCCAGUACACAGUCGCUUCACUGAGGAUCCGACAGCGUAUGCACACGUCCCACAACCCUACGAUUCCUCCUGGCGAGGCUAUAACUCUCAUAACAGUCAUCCAACCCGCAACUACCAAGCUCCUCCACCAGGCCGACCUCACCACAACACUCCUUCCUACCAUCCUCCUUCACCCGGCCACUACGGUAUGAAGACCUCGCACCCUGUUCAUGACAGGGUGGAGAAGUACCAGGAAAACCUCUCUGGCCAUCCCAAAUAUAUGGAAAAUAUUAAAUCUAUGAUCCUAAAACAUCCUGCUGAGAAAGCAAAGACGUACCGUAUCAACACCGCUCCUCCCCGUCACCCGCCGAUGGAGUUAAAAGACACAAACCACGAAGAGAUGAGGAAGCCGACGAACGGACACGCUAAAGCUUACAAGUUGGUGACCGAGAUGAAGAAAAGUGACAAAGACGAGAUGUUCGAUAAGAUGAAGGAAGUCAUGAUGAAGGAGGAAGAUGAUAUGAAGAAAAAAGAUGAUGGACCCUUGUAUCGUCAAGACAUGGGCAUGUCGAGUAAGAUGGAGCCUCACCCGUAUUCGUCCAAGAUGAGAGCAAACGAACAGGACGAAGAAUCAUCCGAGGUAUCCAGCGAGAUGGUGAGUUCUGAGGAGGACGACGACCUCUUGUACAGGAAGAUGAUGACCACUAUGCUGCCUCCUAGUAAGCCGUUCGUACCCUCUACCUAUUAUCCCAUUAUGCCAACUCUGGCACCCUCUAGCCGUCCUCCCACCACCAGUCACCCCAGCGAGUCCACCUCACCUCCAUCAGAGGACUCCCUUCCUCAUAGUCCUUCCAAGCCAUCUGAGGCUCCACACAAGAUGAUGUCUCCCAUGAGAGAGUCUUCGCCUCACGCAGUUCCCACGAGUUACCACCCUUACCCUGUCUCUCUUUCAUCACCAUACGACCCUCUCUCCCACUACCAUUACCAUUCACCUCUCCACCCCCUUCCUUACCUCUCGUACUCAUCCCAUCCUUACACUCAACCUUACCUUCUUCCUCAUCGCUCAUAUUACAAGCCCUCAGCACCGUCGCCUCACCACCUCUCUCACAUCCACAGCUCGUCCAGUCAUUCACCUUACUCGCCCACCCAUUCUUACUCACCACCACCUUUCGCCUCCCACCCACCAACUCCCGCCUACCUCCAUCCACUUGCCGAAGCUUCAGAGAUGAUUAUGGAGUCUGCAAGUGGAGAAGAGAUGCAUUAGUGCAACACUUUAAAACAGAAGACUAAGCACACCGUAAGACAAUGAUAUCACCAGCAUCUUGGGUGUGCUAGCAGGGUACACCUCGCACCGGGUGUCUCAGUCUGUUAACUCUAGUACACAGUGAGGAAUAAUGACCAUUUCGCCUCACUGUGAAAGAAUUGUGUGAUAAUGCAAGUUUUAGUUUUCAGUCCUCGAUAAAUUCUAUGAUGACAGUGUGCAAUCAGUUGAUGAAUCAUAAAAUGUCAACACAUUUACUCAAACUCCUACAACUAUAUAGAUUCAUCUGCAUUUAGGGUAUAAAACAAGAAAAUAAAAACAAAAUCAGACAUCUUGCAAAUGAACAUAGCGUAGAAAAAUGGCUUAUCAGGAGGCAUACGAAGAAAAAUCUCAUAACAAAGCACCAGCGACCUGCCAGGCACCACCCAGCUGCAUGUUGAAAGUCACUGGCCACGUAGCUCGCAGUUGCAGACACAAUAAGUUCCGUAUGUUAAUCUUCUCCUUUGAAAUCGUUAGGCCUUUCUACUCUCAGGAGUUGCCUAGGUGUUUGUGUUGUAAUUAUCGAAAACAAAUCCGUCUUGUAAUUACACUGUCGCUGUGCUUCCUCUUUGAAAGUCUUCGGUGGAGCGAUGAUUAGAAGGUGGGGUGAGUGGUGGAGACGGCGGGAGGAGGUUAUGACGUACGUGAUGGUGAUUACUGCCCCCACACGCCUCCCUGCCGCCACCACACCCUGCCGCCACCACACCCUGCUCCCUCCCUGUCACCACACCCCUGCCCCCUCCCUGUCACCACACCCCUGCCCCCUCCCUGUCACCACACCCCUGCCACCACAUCUCUGUCCCUUCCCUGCCAUCAGACGUGUAGAGACGUAGCCUGCAUAAAUGUGACGUAACGUGUAAACACCGUGAUAUACAUACGUGUGUACAUAUAUACGGUAUGAAUAUAAGUACACACACGAAUGUAUACAGUAAUGCGCACACAUACUAUACACAGAUAUAAACAAACUCGUACUCAUAAGUGUACAAGCACAUGUUUACGCUUACGUAUAUGUAAACAAACACCCACAAUAUGUACACAGACAUACUGUACAUACUGUACAUCCAAACUCUCUCAGUCACUAGUGAAUGUCCUCUCUCACACACACGCACGCACACUAAUAUAUAUACAGUUCAUAUAAACACCCAGGUAACAGCAUUGAUUGAGGGACAAAUUAGCUCACAGGGGUGUUGCCUCAACCAGGUGUUCGAUUAUAUAAGGAGUUAAUUAAUGAGAUGAGGUAAACGAGCGAGAGGUUAACGACUUUGACCUGGAAGUGCAAUUAGAAAGGAUGG